GUUACAAGGAUCAAUCUCAGGUGACAUUGCUCCACUUCCUCCUGCUUACAGUUUCUGUUCAUUACUAUCAUAUAGAAUUUCAUACUGAAUUCGAUUGAUGGAGUUCAGUAAAUUUUGAUUCAUCUGAUGUCAUGUUCUGUACUGUUGCGCAUAUCUAUAUAGAACCGCCACUUAUUAGCAAUUAACUAUUCCAGUCUAUAUAUAGUUAUCCCAUCACAGUUCAUGAAAAGAAAUAAGUAGAACUAUUCCAGCAGUGAAGUGCCGGCCUGCUACUAGAAUCAAGUGUUUAUUGAUUGCUAAUCUGUUACACAAGUCUUCGGUCAUAGCCUCGUAGGGCCUUCAUUCAGCACAGUUUAGCUGCAAAUCAACACAAGUAACCUGUGGGUUGUUGCCGUCAUGACUUCAGACAGCGACACAUUUUUCUCUAUCUGAUAGGUGCCUUCUUUGACUUGUUUGUCAGCUUGCGCCCAAUUCUCUUCUGAUAACAGAUUAUAUCAGGGCGAGAGCUUUAUAUUGUUAUACAGUACUCCCUCCGUCCGCAAAUACUUGUCCUCGAAAUGGUUGUAUCUAGACUUAUUUUAGUUAUAGAUACAUCCAUUGUAUCCAUUUCUAGGACAAGUAUUUCCGGACGAAGGGAGUACCAAAGUUGACUUGGUAAAACAAAAAUAAUGCCGAGUUAUCGGAAAGUAGUACUCCCUCCGUUCAAAUUUUGACCAAGUUUCUGUUCAGACUUUGCCAACUUUGACCAAGUUUAUAGAGAGAACUCUUUCUAUCUACAAUACCAAAUAUAUAAAAUAUGAAACUAUGUCUUAUGAUGAAUCUAGUGAUAUAUGUUUGUCACUCUAGAUGUAAAUGUUUUUCUCCACAAACUUGAUCGAAAUUAAGGUUUGACUUUUCAAAAAUUCUAUAUUCACUAUAUGAUGGAACGGAGGGAGUAUAGAAUUGUCACUUAUUAGCAUUUAGCUAUUCCAGCAGAGAAGUGCUGGCCUGUUACUAGAAUCAAGUGUUUUUUUAUUGGUAAUCUGUCGCACUAGUCUUCGGUCGUUGCCUCGUGGAGCCUUCAUUCAACACAGUCUAGCUGCAAGUCAACACAAGCAACCUGUUUGCUGUUGCCAUCGUUACAGUGGCACGUUUUUCUCUCUGAUAGGUGCCUUCUUUGACUCCUUUGUCAGCUUGCGGCCAAUUUUCUUCUGAUAACAGACUAACUAUAUCAGGGCCAGAGCUUCAUAUUGCCAUACGUCCUCAGAGCACCAAAGUUGGCUUAGUAGUAAAACAAAAAUAAUGGCGAGUUUCGCAGCUCCGGUAUCCUCCAUGGAUGCAGCUGCAGCCCUUUGCCUUGUGCUCAUUCUAGCCACCACGACUACCUCUCCUGUCUAUGGGCAACAAACCAACAACGGCGGGUGCAUCACAAAGGAGGGGGACGCACUGCUGUCUUUCAGAGCUGGCAUCAGAAGCGAUCCACAGAACCUCUUUUCCUCUUGGAAUGGCCGAGAUUGCUGCCAGUGGAGCGGUGUCAGGUGCAGCAACAGGACAGGCCAUGUCGUCAAGCUCGACGUCCGCAACGGUCUCUUCUUGGACGAUAUCUAUCGUAGCUGGUACAGUGAAAAUCCUCAUGGAAUGCGUGGGAACAUAAGUUCUUCCUUAGUUGCUUUGCAUCAUUUGGAGUAUCUAGAUCUGAGUGGGAACUAUCUCAGUGGAGUGGAUGUGCCCAUACCCGGAUUCUUGGGCUCCCUCCAAAGCUUGAGAUAUCUCAACCUCUCUUCCAUGGAUUUUCAUGGUAAAGUGCCUCCUCAACUUGGUAACUUGUCCAGACUGCUAUAUCUUGACCUCAACAACAACUGGAAUCAUAAUUCUUAUGGCAUGAUGUUGCACAUCGAGGAUAUCUCAUGGUUGCUGCGUCUCGCUUUGCUAAGGUUUCUCGACUUGACUAGUGUGAAUCUUAGUGCCAUUGGCAAUUGGGUUCAAGUGGUUAACACGCUAUACAAUCUAAGAGUCCUUCGUCUCCGUCGUUGUGGACUUGUUUUUCCACAGACACCUACUGUGCAUUCUAACCUCACAUCACUUCAGAUUCUUGAUCUAAGUGAUACUGGGUUUCAUACCAUCAAUCCAACCUACUGGUUCUGGGAUGUUGGCACCAUCAUGCAUCUUGACCUUACGAAUAAUGAAAUCGCUGAAGCAUUUCCAGAUGCCAUGGGAAAUAUGACUUCGCUUGAGGGGUUGCCUCACUGUGCAUGGAGUAAGAUGGAGUUAUUAGACAUGUCUUGCACAAAUGUCACCGGGGAAAUUCCAAGGUGGAUAAAUCAGUGGACUGAUUUGAGCACUCUUCAACUCUCCUCCAAUAGGCUUGAAGGAUCAGUGCCUUCAGAAAUUGGUAUGCUUGGCAAACUCAAACAGUUGUAUCUAGACGGCAACUAUUUUAAUGGUUCUAUAUCAGAGGAACAUCUUGACACUUUAGUCAACUUGGAGGAAUUGGACUUGUCUUACAACUCCCUACACCUGAUGAUCAGCUCAAAUUGGAUCCCCCCCUUUAAAUUGCGCCGGGCAUAUUUCCCACGCUGCAAAAUGGGACCUCAUUUUCCUCUCUGGCUAAAUUGGCAGAAGGGUGUUGUUUAUCUUGACAUUUCUGAUGCAGGCAUAGUUGAUAACCUCCCGGAUUGGUUUUGGAGUGUGGUUUCAAAUGUUCAAUACUUGAACAUCUCUUUUAACCAAAUCAGUGGCAGGUUGCCAAGGACUCUUGAGUUUAUGUCUUCAGCAGUGAUAUUUGAUCUGAACUCCAACAACCUCACUGGUACUCUGCCGCUGUUGCCAAGGCAAUUGGCAGAACUGGACAUUUCCAGAAACUCUUUAUCAGGGCCACUGCCACGAAACUUUGGAGCUCCGUUUAUUGAAGAGUUGUUGCUUUCUGAGAAUAGUAUCAAUGGCUCGAUUCCAACAUAUAUUUGUCAGCUGCAGUCACUAUUGGUACUGGAUUUAGCAAAGAACCUCCUAGCAGGACACCUCCCCGUCUGUUCAGAAGAAACUAAAAAACUGAAUAGAUCCAUUAGAGCUCUAGUCCUGUAUGAAAACAACUUGUCUGGUGAAUUCCCUUCAUUUUUGAAGAGCUGCUCAGAGUUGGUUCUGCUUGAUCUUGCGCACAACAACUUUGUCGGAGAGUUGCCGGCAUGGUUAGCAAACAAAUUGCCAAAUUUGUCCUACCUCCGGUUGCGGCAUAAUAAAUUCUCUGGCUCUAUUCCAGGUCAGCUCACCCAGCUUGAACACCUACAGUAUGUGGACCUUGCAGAUAACCGAAUAUCAGGAUCUAUACCUCAUUCGUUGGCCAACUUAAAAGCAAUGAUACAGGAGGACCAAACAAUUUGGAACCCCUUAGUGUGGAGUUAUGAAAGGCCAGCAAACCCUGACACGAAUGAUUCACCAAAAUAUGAUGACAGCUUAGCAGUGGUAAUUAAAGGCCAAGACCUUGAUUACACCAGCACUAUUAUUUAUAUAGUUGGCCUCGACUUGUCCUGCAACAGUUUGGUCGGAGAGAUUCCAGAUGAAUUGACUUCCCUGGUUAGAAUGAAUAACCUGAACAUCUCCCAUAAUCAGUUGUCCGGCAGGAUCCCGGAGAAGGUCGGUUCGCUACGGUCAUUGGAGUCUCUCGACCUGUCCUUCAAUGAACUCUCUGGCGACAUCCCUUCCGGUCUCUCGGACAUCAUGAUGUUAAGCAAGCUGAACUUGUCAUACAAUAACCUUUCAGGAAGAAUACCCUCAGGGAACCAGCUGCAGUCACUCAUCGACCCAGCAUCGUCGUAUAUCGGCAACAACUAUCUCUGUGGGACUCCUCUUUCGAGGAACUGCUGGGAGCCUGAUGUAACUAGAGGUGAUAUUGAGGAGCAUCAAGACGAGGCGAAGUAUUUCUAUCUUGGGCUGGCUGCAGGAUUUGUCUUUGGUCUCUGGCUGGUGUUCAUUAUCUUGUUUCGUUCAUGUGGUGGGUUCGCAAUGUGCGGAGCAAUGCCAUCAUGCUGGGCACGACUGCCUGAAGCUCAAGGAUUGGCAUUGCAGCUUCGUCGUGGGUGAAACCAAGACCGGUGAUGAGCUGAACUUAGCAUUGCUGUUGUUGGAACUAGCGUUGAUGCAGUGUGCGUGAUGGUGUGAUGCGGAGCCAUGCCAUUGCGCUCAACACGGUUGCCUGAAGGAUUGGUGCUGCAGCUUCGUCGUGGGUGAAACCAAGACCGGUGAAGAUCAUGCAGCUGAACUUAGCAUUGCUGGUGGUGGAACUAGUCUUGGUACUGUACUAAUAUUACUGCAUGAUGUUGUGAUUUGGACAGUUUAAAAUAUAAGGGCAAUUAAAAUGAUUGUAAGCCACACCUUUUCGAAGAUGUGGAUUGUACUGUUUGUAUUGAUUAUUUCAAAGUUGUCUAUAUUGUUUUA